CCGGUCUCGCUAGCAUUGGGUCCAGAUCCUGGGGAAUGACCGCCGUCCAUGGGCAGGAGCCACCAGCAGCUUCUCCAUGGAGCCAGAGAAGUCACCCAUGAGACCUUCAUUGCCUACAAAGUCCUGGAGGUUUUCCCCAGAGGCCGCAGGGUGGUCAUAAUGUGCCACUCACCCCAGGCACCCCCGCCUGUCACCUACUCCCUCUGGGGGGGCCAGGGCACUGAGGUUGCCAGGAAGGUGGUGAAGACCGCAGACCCGGCCUCCUUCAGCAUCAACAUCACGCUCAAGUCCAGGCCAGACCUGCUCACGUACUCCUGCCAGGCGGCCUCCCCCGAGGGCACGCACUCGGCCAGCACCAAGCUGCAGAUGUACUGGGAGCUGUGGACCAAGCCCGUGUCCCAGCUGCCCGCUAACUUCACCUUGCUGGACAGAGGGUCGGGCCCCAGGGUAGAGAUUUCCUGCCAGGUGUCCUCGGGCAGCCCACCCAUCACCUACAGCCUGGUCGGGAAGGAUGGGACCGUCCACACGCAGCAGAGGCCGAACUACGGUCAGCCGGCCAAGUUCACCUUCGCCCUUACCAACAAGUCCACCAGGCUCCAGUGCCAGGCUGAAAAUGACAUCAGUGUCCAGUUCAGCCCCUUCAAGCUGGUGCCCCCAGGACAGCUGCCCCAGGGAGCCGUCGUGGUGCUAGCGAGCAGCCUCAUCUCCAUUGCAGCUGUCACCUGUUGGUUGCUGGCCCGGGCCUGGUGGACCAGCAGCCCUGGGAUGGAGCCACCUGGCCUCUGGGUGGGGCGUUCGCCUGUCUUCGUGAAGGGUCCGAGGAGGGAUGACAGGAGUGUGUCGAUGAUGCCCUCCGGGGACCAGGGCGGAUCACGGGCUGCUGCUUUCCAUGGCAGCUACAUAGACGGGUGA